GAAGCGUGCAGGCAAGAGUGUCGCCUCCGCUUCCGGUCAUGCGCAGUACGUCACUCCUCCAACAUGGCGCUGGCUAAGUCCGUCUACAAUCUGCUCUUCAGGAGAACGUCAACUUUCGCUAUAACCAUCAUGGUUGGAGCGGUCUUCUUUGAACGACUAUUUGACCAAGGUGGCGACGCGAUUUUUGAGCAAAUGAAUCGCGGGAAACUAUGGAAACACAUCGAACACAAUUAUGAGAGCAAAGACGAAUAAUAGGACCCCGCCGGGUUCCCCUAAAGGCUGAAGUGCAACUGUUGUCACACUUCCAUCAUCCAUUCUUCCUGGACUCCAUAUCGUUUCCUGAAUCAAACAUCAGUCAACGUGGACAUUGUGCUUAACGUCAUCCCCCAUCGGGACCUGUGGGAGCCGAUUGACUGUCCAGACCACCGUGAAGAUGGAGCAAUGGUUCCUGUCACCUCGUCCUCCCCUUCCUACUGUUAUAUGUGAAGCCUUCGUUCUUCUCACAGAUUGUAAAUGGUUAAAUUAAAAGUGUUAAUGUCAUACAGGUGUUGCAGUGUUUUGAUUUAUUAUACCUAAUAUGGUAUGCAUGUGCAAGAUUUAUUUGGUCAGUUCAUUAUCAAAUUAUUUGACUUUCAGUUGACUGGUUGACACUCUGAUCACAUUAUGUCAUCUUAAAAUGUGUCAACAGCCUCAUAAACAAAUUAAAUGAGUAACUUGGUUAAAAGACAUUAAAGUGGCUUUGCAUAAUA